GUUAGCGUUUGAUCAGAACUGUCUUCAUUCAUUAAAUACCGUAACUUACAAACAACAAAAGCGCUGAAAUAUCUCAAAGACACAUGUCAUGCAGAUAAAUUGCUGGAGUUAACCAGGUUUAUCUGUUCAUUAGCGGUGGCCGAAACCGACGCGAGGCUGUUUAUUGACAAAGCGAUCAUUUAUUAGCUCGCCGGUGAACUCUUUGUUAUAGACAACUGCUUUUAUGGUCCCCAAACCAGCUGAAAGCGGGUUUUAGUUGGUGAAUUCGGGCAGCGACGCGUCAGAUGAGGCUCAGUGUAUCGAUUGAGAUGCGUGACAUUAUGCGUGGAAGUGGAUUGAGCUGUUUUUCUAACGCGUAAGAGUGAACAAUGAGGAGAAAGAAAGGACCAGCAUCAUCCUCAGAUCAUGAGGAGCCGCCGGAGUCAGACACUGUCAUUCCAGAGACGCCUGAAACCAAACGUCCAUUGGGAUCAUCUCUGUCCACCGCCGUUUCUGACUCGGACUCGGACUCUGAUAGUGAGAUUUCAGGCAGUUCCAUGAUGCCUGUCAGGAAGCUUAGGCCGAGGAAGAGAAAAGCAGCAUCAUCUGCGGAUGAGUUCUCAGUGUCUGACGAAGAGGAAGAGAUUGUGGUGAAGACGAAACGAAGGCCGACGCACAACAGAACGACAAGAUCUACCUCACAGCAAGCUCUACCAGCACACCAGAACGCCUCAAAGAUGGUGACCGACAGCGCACACCCCUCGCCCCUGAAGACGUCCGGGAUGGCAGCUGCUGAUUCGGGCCAGGAAAGGAGGCGACAGCAGAUGUGCGGCUCUUCCCAGGAGAACGACAGCAGAAAGGGGGGACGGGUUUCUGCGGCUGAUGAUUCAGAGGAGGAGGGACCGAGAUCUAAAGAUCAGGAACGUAUGCUGAGAAAACUCCAGAGGAAGUUCCCACAUCUAAACAAGAAUGAACUCAGGGAUGUGCUUCAGGAGCACGACUGGCUUAUUGACGAUGCCUUGGAAACACUACGAAUGUUCUCUGACCUCGUGGUUGAGUCCGAAGAAGACGACUCUCAAACUUCCACUCCUGCCAAACACGCCAGACGGGUCGCAGAGACCCGCCAACAAGCUCAGGUUACCAAACUUCCCAGCCCACCCAAACCAAAACCCAGCAGACCUCUGGAUGGGACCAGAACAUCUCAGAGGAUCGCAAAGCAACCCAUAUUGGCCAAAUACACAUAUGUGAGCUCAGAAGAGGAGUGCAGUGACUCUGAGGCCUCUUUAGUCAACGGUUUACUGGACUCUGACUCUGACCAAUCAGAGGAGACUCUAUCCAAGCUCAAAACCGAGAUCCUCUGCUUCUUUCAGUCCGCGUCUGUGGAUGAGCUUACACUCAUUGCAGGAUGCUCUUUGAAGAAGGCGCAGAAAAUCACUGAGCUGAGACCCUUUAAAACAUGGAAAGACCUGGAUGACGCCAUGCGCAGAAGAAACGGUCUAACCGCUGAGCUCCUGGCAGGAUGUCGAGAGGUUCUGAAGGAGAGGGAAGUUGUUAAAGGUCUCAUGAGCAAGUGUGAGGAGAUUUCAGUCAAACUGAUCCAAGACGUGACGCAAGUAAUGGACAAGGGCCCGGGCUCUAUGACCCAGCCCGAGAUCCUCUCUAGCACAUUUCAGUUGAAACCGUACCAGCUGAUAGGCCUGAAUUGGCUGGUUUUGCUUCAUCAGAACAAACUCAGUGGAAUUCUGGCAGAUGAGAUGGGUCUGGGAAAGACCAUACAGGCCAUUUCGUUCCUGGCUCACCUCUAUCAGGAAGGGAACCCUGGGCCUCAUCUGAUCACUGUACCUGCUUCUACACUUGAUAAUUGGGUGCGGGAACUGAAUCUGUGGUGCCCCAGCUUUAAAGUGCUGGUAUAUUAUGGCUCUGCUGAGGAUCGCAAGUACAUGCGCUAUGAGAUUCUCAAUCAAAUAGUGGAGUACAACAUCAUCGUCUCGACUUACAACCUGGCCAUUGGAAACAGCAGUGACCGCAGCCUGUUCUGCAAGCUCAAGCUGGAGUAUGCAGUGUUCGACGAAGGCCACUUGCUGAAGAACAUGAACUCGCUGCGCUACCGACACCUCAUGGCCAUCAAUGCUAAAUAUCGUCUGCUGCUCACUGGAACCCCACUGCAGAACAACCUACUGGAGCUCAUGUCCCUGCUGAACUUCAUCAUGCCCAACAUGUUCUCCAGCAGCACUUCACAGAUCGCCAAGAUGUUCUCUAUGAAGUCGUCAGAGGAGCAGAGCAGCUUUGAGCGGGACAGGAUCACCCAUGCCAAGCUCAUCAUGAAACCCUUCAUCCUCAGACGUGUGAAGAGCGAGGUCCUGAAGCAGCUGCCUGCCAAAGAGGAGCAGGUUGAAUUUUGUGCCAUGUCCGAGAGGCAGCAAGAACUCUACAGCGCUCUUCUCCACAAGCUGAAGCAUUCCAGUAAUGGGGAAAAACGCGAGCUGACCAAUGUGAUGAUGCAGCUGAGGAAGAUGUCCAACCAUCCGCUUCUUCACCGGCAGUUUUACACCACAGAAAAACUCAAAGCCAUGAGCAAACUUAUGCUCAAGGAGCCGAGUCACCGUGAUGCAGAUCCCGCUCUCAUCAAAGAGGAUAUGGAAGUGCUCUCAGACUUUGAGUUACACCGGCUCUGUCAGCAGUAUUCAGCACUGCACGAAUACCAGCUCGACACCGACGUACUGCUGGACUCGGGCAAGCUCAGCCUCCUCACACAGCUGCUGAACUCCCUGAAGGAGAAGGGCGACCGAGUGGUGCUGUUUAGCCAGUUCACAAUGAUGCUUGACAUUUUGGAGGUGUUUCUUAGACACCAUAAGCACAGAUACAACCGGCUGGAUGGUUCAACCCCCAUGAGUGACAGAAUUGGGCUGAUUGACCAGUUCAACACAGACCAGGAUAUAUUUGUGUUCCUGCUGUCCACCAGAGCCGGAGGGCUGGGCAUUAACCUGACUUCAGCCAAUGUGGUCAUCCUUCAUGAUAUCGACUGCAACCCUUACAAUGACAAACAGGCAGAGGGCCGCUGUCACCGGGUCGGACAAACCAAGACCGUGAAGGUGAUCAAGCUGAUAAGUAAGGACUCCAUAGAGGACACCAUGCUUCGAAUUGGAGAAAGAAAACUCAAACUAGAGCAGGAGAUGACCGCAACUCAGGACGGUGAAGAAGACACAUUACCUGAUGAUAUGACCACGCUGCUCAAAGCUUCUCUCGGACUCUGAAAGUUGGUCUAGGAGUGAAGCUCAUUGUGAUACUGGGACUGAAUCUGAAAGAAAAAGUACUGUAGCACAAUAAAAUCUGGUUUUCAUACACUAGCUGUAAAAAUAUGAGAUUCAAAUGAGCAGAUAUGUUUACAUUUCUACUGUUCAUUGCAAAAGAUGAUGUAAUAUUGUAUGUGUGUUGAUGGUGCUUGUAUUUGUGAAGGUUUAAAUCUGCAGUUGUUUGGUUUAAAAGUCUGGGUUUUUCAAGGAUUUUGUUUUGGGGGGUGGGGAUUAAAAUAUUUGUUUAUUUGCUCUUUUUGUCUGACAUAGUUACAAUUUUGCUCUGGGUCUUUGCUUGGAAUCUGAGAUAAGAUCACAGUGAAUCUCUAACCGACUAAAGCUGAGAGUUUACUCAAUCAGAGGUUGGCAUGGUAUCUUUACCAGUCUGGGAAAUUCUACAAGAAUACACAGAGUUCCAUGAGCCUGGUUAACAAACCGGGCAUCAGAAUGGGGUACAAAUGUGAUUUAAGUGACUCUAAAUGUGGCACGAGUUUUGGAGCUAUAUGGCUUUUCUGAGUAUGUCAAAAACAUCUGAUCUACUGGGGUCUUCAUACAGUCAUCUUUAGGGUUGUAUGAAAAAGAGAAAAAGUUCAAUGAGUGGCAGUUCCGUGGGGAAAUGAGAAUGAGCAGACUGCUUUAAACCCCUGGAAGGCA